AUGACACACCAGCAAACUGUGGAUUUCUUCGAACAGCAUAGUUUCUUUGGCAUGUCUAAAGAGGAUGUCUGGUUCUUUCAGCAGGGCACCAUGCCAUGCCUCACGCCGGAAGGAAAGAUCAUUCUAGAGUCUCCUGGCAACAUCGCGUGCAAUCCAGAUGGAAAUGGUGGAGUCUAUCCAGCCUUGAAAAAAUCUGGCCUUUUAGACCAGCUCCGCUCUUCUGGCGUCAAGAGCCUCCAUGUCUUCUCGGUGGACAAUCCGCUUUGCAGACCAGCAGAUCCUCGUUUCGUUGGGUAUUGUCUCUCCAAAGCCGCAGACUGUGGAAAUAAGUGCGUUUGGAAAGCUUCACCCGACGAAAAGGUUGGAGUCAUGGCGAAGAAGGGCGGUCGGCCCAGUGUGGUUGAGUACAGUGAACUGGAUGAUGCACGCAAGGCACAGCGUGAUGCUUCCGGACGGCUAGUCUUCGGUGCUGGAAAUAUUUGCAACCAUUUCUUCUCCGUGGACUUUUUGUUGGAUGUGGUUGUGCCAAAGAUGUCGACCAUGUUUCAUUUGGCGCAUAAGAAGCGCCAAGGCUGCAGUUGA